CGACGUGAGAAACAAAUCAGGAAUUUGAAUUAUUGCCCAUCUUUAACACGAAUUUUUGAAGGCGGUUUUUUUAAUUUAUUUAUUUAUUUAUUUUGCGUUUCUGUUUUCAGCGUGUAUCUGCUAAGUUCUUAGCUAACAAGUUAACGUUACGUGCGUGCCCUUCUUUUCUUCUUUCAAGAGAUUUCCAUUUCGCGUCUGUAAAGGAUUGUACGAGCGAUGUUUCCUGAGAGCAACACUGGGUACAACUAUGAGGAGUGCCAGGCAACCGCUGACUGGCUUUUGUCUCAGACUGCAGUACGCCCUCUGGUGGGCAUAGUUUGCGGCUCUGGUUUGGGUGGACUGGCUGAUAUGCUGAAGGACCAGGUGGCCUUUAACUACAGUGACAUCCCAAAUUUCCCACAGAGUACGGUGCAUGGCCACGCAGGUCGCCUGGUGUUUGGGACUUUAAAGGGUAGGCCGUGUGUCUGCAUGCAGGGAAGGUUUCAUCUUUAUGAGGGAUAUGCCAUCCAGAAGAUCACUAUGCCUAUGCGUAUAUUCAAACUGCUGGGUGUUGAGAAGGUGAUUCUUACCAACGCCGCUGGAGGACUGAACCAGGACUUUAAAGUGGGAGACAUCAUGAUCAUCAAAGACCAUCUCAACAUGCCAGGAUUUGCUGGAAACAACCCUCUGGCAGGACCCAAUGACGAGAGGUUUGGUGUGCGUUUUCCCUGCAUGUCUGAUGCAUAUGAUCGGGAGCUUCAGCAGCUGGCGAUGGAUGUGGGCUCAGAGCUCGGUUACAGUGACUUUCUAAAAGAGGGUGUGUACUGUGUUCUCGGCGGACCUUCGUUCGAGACCAUUGCAGAGUGUCGCAUGCUGCACAAACUGGGAGCUGAUGCUGUCGGUAUGAGCACUGUCCACGAGGUGAUCGUAGCACGUCACUGCGGAAUGCGGGUCUUCGCUCUGUCUUUAAUAACUAAUAAGGCCGUGAUGGACUAUGACAGCGAGGAUAAAGCCAAUCAUGAGGAAGUUCUGCAGACUGGCAAACACAGGGCGGAGCAGCUCGAGAGACUGGUGUCCACUAUCCUCACCCGGCUAGAGCAGAACAACAAUUACGCCUAAGACUAUCCUCAGUUCAUAUGCAACAUCAACCACAGACCAAAGAAUGACAAUUCAUCAUGAAUUGUGAAUGAACAUGACUGAUACGGUUUCACAAACUGUUGAACAGUAUUACACAAAUCAGUGCAGUUUAGCUUACACUUAUUUAUAAGAUUUGUUAAAUCAUCUGCUUAUCUGUAUGAACCUGGUCAACAACAGAGUGCUUAUUUUGUUUUCUUCAAAAGGAUACAAACAGAAUUAUUAAUUUUGACAUUCCUCAGAGUGCUAGAAUGUAUAAAACUGUAAAUGUAUUAUAUUAACUUAACGAUUAGUAUUAAUGUCUUAAUUUAAAAUAGGUUUGGAUUAUCUGUAAAAUGUUGAUUGCUUUAUGGUGUUUGUGUCAGUACAUGUACAUGAAAUGUCUGUUGUAUGCAUUUUUUUAACAUUGUUACUAAAAUUGGUUAUUUAUUAUA